AUGGAAGAGUUUCAAAGGUUGUUGGAACCUUUCCAACGACCUGAUAAGAUUGAGGAUUACAAAAGGAGGCUGGGGAUGCAAACUGCCAUAUUCAAUUUAACUGGUAAGAUAUGGUUAUUUGUGGAGGAUUUGUUUGAGGUUAAAGUCUUGGUAGAUCAUGAGCAACACAUUACUAUUAAGCUUAACAGUAACGGACAACAGGAGGAGAUAGUAAUUUCUAUAGUAUAUGCUAAGUGUACUAAUAGAGAAAGACUAGAUUUAUGGGGUAGUUUGGAGGACUUCGCUUCUCAAAUGCAUAAACCAUUGAUAAUGGCAGGAGAUUUUAACGUGAUCAUGUCUGAGGACGAAAAAUAUGGGGGUCUGGCAGUAGGGACAAAUGAAAUUCAGGACUUUAAAUUAAGUAUGCAAAAUUGUGAGGUCCAGGAUCUUAGUUUUAAAGGCAGUAGAUAUACAUGGUGGAAUGGGAAAAGUGGAGAUGAUCGUAUUUUCAAAAGACUAGACAGAUGUUUGGGUAAUUUUAGACUACAACAAAUGUUUCCAGAAAUUGAGGUUUAUCAUUUAACCAAAACAAGCUCAGAUCAUGCUCCCUUGUUGGUAUCUUACACUAGAAAUAAUGAUCUUAUUAAGAAACCUUUCAAGUUUCUUAAUUUUUGGGUGAAGAAUGAUACUUUCAUGGAGAUAAAGGCUUCUUUAGUACAAUGGAGCAGUGACACAUUUGGGAACAUAUUUCAAGAAAUUGAAACCUUGGAAAAUGUGAUUAAAGUUCAUGAAAUACAGUUUGAAUUGCAGCCUACUCCUCAUAAUAGAGAGAAGCUACAUAGAGUUUAG